AUGUUGCGCCCUACAGACUCUUCCAUGCCAAUUGGCGUUGGUUUCCUUCUUUUGUCUAUCGGAGCCAAGUUUGCUUCUGCCGUUCCUUACCAAAUCUAUCAACUUAAUGAGCGAGACGUCAACACUGAUACCACUACAACUGAUACCUUCAUUUCUACAACCACCAGCGCCGUCGCGCCCAUUGACGUUCUUCCUACUACAAGCUCAGAUGUUGUUGUGAUCAACACUGAGACUUCUAUCAACAAUGGCGCUGUUGUCAUUGACACAACUACCGGAGCUCCUCCUGUGAUUGACACUCCUACCACUAUUGGCCAGAUUGUUGAUGGCACCACGAGCGCUGAGAUUGCGCCUGUUGGUACCGAGACAUCAGCUAUUGUGGAUGUGGAUGGGUUGAGCAGCACUGAUGCUCCUGUCGUGAACCCCAUUCCUACUACAACUGAGGAUCAGACUACAUCGAACUGGCUCCCUCCAGCUGGCACGGAGACCAAUGUCGUUGGCACUCCUGGUGCCAGCACUGAUGUCCCUCCUCCUGCUGGCACUGAGACAGCUACUACCAACGAUGCUGUUGACCCAAUUGGUACGACUACCGACACCGGUCUUCCUCCUGUAGGGACCGAGACAGCCACUGCCAGUGAUACUGUUGAGCCAAUUGGCACUACUACCAACACUGAUCUUCCUCCGGUUGGAACAGAGACUACUAGCGAUGUCCCUCCUCCUGUUGUCGACACUACCACAGACUCUGCUGCUCCGGUUGGGACUGAGACUACCAGCAACGCAAUUGAUCCUGUCGACACGACCACUGAUCUUCCCGUACCUGGCCCUGAGACCACAACCACCCAAGCUCAGGCAUCUGUUGAGACCACUACCUCCGCUGCCAUCCCUCCUCCCCACACAGACACCAGCGCUGAGGUACCCCCUCCCGAAACCACAACCGACAAGGCCGAUGCUCCUAGCACCACAGCCCCCGUCAACGACAUCCCCAGCACCACUGAGAAGGCCUCUGAGCCCAGCGACAAGCCAAGUGAUGCCCCUUCAGCACCCGUCACUGCUCCUCCCCAAGAAGCCACUGCUGCUGCUUCUCAGGCUCAGGUCACUGCCUCAGAGUAUAACUCCAAGGUCGACGACAUUAUCCCCAUCAUCGUUGCUUGGACCAACAACCCUGAUGGCCUCAAGACAGAUACAUUGAACAAGGUUAACAACUUGAUUGAUGGUGUCAAGGGCGCUAUCAAGGAUCUUGGCGGUAAUGAGUCUGGUGGAUGUCCCGGUAAGCGACGUCGCGGACUUCUCGACAUCGUUUCCAAUGUCAUCAACACCUUGUCUUGCGUCGUCUCCAACCUUGAAGAUGUCACUGGCAAGAUCACCGGCGGUAUUGUCGAAGGCGUCACUCCCAUUGUCACCACUCUUACCAACAACAGCAACGAUCUUAAGGAUCAGAGUGAGGAAGAGGAUGAUGAUGAUGAUCAGUCCAAGACUGAGAAGCAGGAGUCUAAGACUGAAGAGGAAGAGUCAAAGACUGAGGAGACCAAGACUGAGGCUAGCACCACUGAGAAGCCUACGUCUACUGAGGCUGAGACUACGACUUCUGCUGAGACGACGGAGACUACUGGGUCUUGUAAGAUGAGGGAGACUACCAGUAUCGCUGCUGCUUCUGAUACACAACCUAAGACGUCAAUUGCUCUGCCUCCCACCAGCGGUGACGGUGCUACUGGUAGCGACACCUCUGCUGGAGCAUCCGAGACUGGCACUUCUGCGGUACCAACUUCGACUGAAGCUACUGAUGUGACUACCUCCAACCAGGGUCCUGAGUCUACAACCGUACCCGAGACUUCUGUCCAAGAGACCUCUACCAAGCCUGUCGAUGAGACCAGCACUGCUGAUCAAACCGUCAAAACGGAAGAGACCACCAAGGCUGAUGAGACUGACACUUCAGGCCCCGCUACCACAAGACCCAGCACUCUCCUCACAACAACCCGUCCCUCCGACCAAACCACCAACACCAUCACUUCCGGCUCAACCGAGGACAUCACCACCGCUCCAGUGCGCACAUACUACCCCUGCGGCAUCUACGGUGGUCCCCGUGUAACAUCAGCCUACUGUCAAUGCUCCACCACCGUCUCGGGCAAGCAGUACGUCGCAACAGCUACACUCAUCGACAACAAGUGUGAAGCAUACACCGAGUAUCCUUCCAAGGUCGAUCCCGCCACCGAAGCUCCCCCUCCUACCCAAGCACCCAUCAACGAACCUCUUACCAAGACCAUUGAUGGAACCGUCCUCGCCUGGACUGCUUACACUCUUGCGUAUGGACAGGUGUACAAGGAUGUAACAGCUACCUUCUCCAAUGGUAUCGGCGAGGUCAAGACCAUCGCUACACCAGUCCCUACACAAACCCACGUCGACAAUGAUGGUUCGGGACAGUGCGGUACAAGCGAUGGUCUCUCCAAGUCUGGUCUCGGCGACGCAUGUGACCGUGCCAUCGGUGAAUUCGAUGACGAUACUAUCUACACUGGUUACACUACGCGCUACAGCCGAUCCAAGAAGGGUCUUUUGAUGGUCAUGUCUAUGGGACAGGCUGCUUGUAUUGCCAAGUUUAGCUGUGAUGACUAUGGUAUUGGUAUGAGCGGUAAGCUCAUCAAAGAAGCGUAA